AUGUCGUCGUUGCCGGGCGCGGGGCCUGGGUCGCGGGCGCUGCCGCAGAGCAAGGAGGCGCUGCUCCAGUCCUACAACAAGCGCCUCCGCGACGACGCCCGCUCCCUCGCCGACAACUUCGCCGAGAUCGUCAAGACCGCCAAGAUCGAGGAAGAGACCCAGGUCUCCCGGGCGACGCAAGGUGAGCAGGACAACUACGAGAUGCACGUUCGGGCAGCAAACAUUGUCCGGGCGGGAGAGUCCCUCAUGAAGCUGGUCUCGGACCUGAAGCAGUUCCUGAUCCUGAACGACUUCCCGUCGGUCAACGAGGCCAUCAACCAGCGCAACCAGCAGCUGCGCGCCCUGCAGGAGGAGUGCGACCGCAAGCUCAUUGCGCUGCGCGACGAGAUGUCCGUCGACCUCUACGAGCUGGAAGAAGAGUAUUACUCCUCCAGCUGCAGCCUCUCUGACGCCACUGACCUCCCGCUCUGCGAAGCCUUCUGGAGAGAGGAAACGGCCGCCUCCUCCCCGGAGAGCCUCUCCCUGCCUCUGCCCACAGCCAACGCCAAUGCCAACGCCUUGGAGCCGUCCUUCCCGGUCCCACCGGGCUCCACGCCCUCCCACACGCAUGUGAACGGCCACGGAGUGGGUCCCGCCGACCAGGCCUGAGAGCAGGGAGCGCCCGUUCUGUACGGUCAAGAGCAACAGGGUGGAAAACGUUUCCUAAAUGUGUGAUAUCGCAAGAGGAUGACAUGCUGAGCAAGGCACCCCGCAGUCAUGCUUCUGGGAGUGUCACAGAUACCUUUUUUGAACCUUUUCAUCAGUUUUCAAUGGGACAGAGUGCGUCAGGUCCUUUCAGAGAAAGAAGUGGACACAGUGACGCACGCCAGCAGAUGUCAGAGUCAUUAAUGUCGUUAACAACAACAUCAACAACAACCAUCAAGCAACAACCAUCACCACAACAAUUGCGGGUGGAAAACGUUUCCUAAAUGUGUGAUAUCGCAAGAGGAUGAUGUGCUGAGCAAGGCACCCCGCAGUCAUGCUUCUGGGAGUGUCACAGAUACCUUUUUUGAACCUUUUCAUCAGUUUUCAAUGGGACAGUGUGUCAGGUCUUUUCAGAGAAAGACAUAGUGACUCCAGCACUGGGUUUGGUAAUAUUGGCUGCACGUCGGUCGCAUCCGCUCAUACUUAGGGUUCCCGGAGACGGGCACUUCUCUCCCUUUUUGAUGGGCAGGUUUGGCAUCGGACGGAUGUCUCUUCAAAUCUCAGGGUCAGGUCUUCAAACGUGACUGGAUCUAAAUAGCGGAUGAAUCAUGAUCCUGGCAGCCUUUGGAUUUACCCACAGUGUUUUCCUACCAAUUGACUUGAAUGCAUGGGUUCGAUGUGUUGGUGGGUUUUUUUGUCGUUGGGAUCCAUGUUUGUUUCUUCACUGUAAAUAGGGGGUUGAAUAAAACCAGUUGCGAUGCUGA